AUGAAAUUCACGGCAAUCUUGUUCUGUCUGGUAAUAGUUGCUCUGUCUUCAAGCUCCCAUGUCUGGUCCGAUCAGAUCUUUCCAGCUCAUCUAGUUGGAACAUUCAGUCGGAACAAUCGUGAACCAAAGUACAAGAUUGAGUUCCUUACCGAAGAUGCACCCUUUCACCCGGUAGAUAAUCUUGAAUCUAUGGUUAUGCUUGAUAAGAAUGGGCGUCGAUAUUUAUGUUUCUUACCAAAAGAGGAAAAAGCGACGAGCGGAUGGACUUCUAAUCAGCAAAAUGUUAGCAGUGUGAUGAUGGAAGCUGAGAAACUUGUGAAGCUCAAGACUCCAGAUGAGCUGCUUCUACCUAGUGAAACAUGCCUUGUUAGGCAAGAGGGUUGGUGGUCCUAUGAGUUUUGUCAUCUGAAGACUGUGCGGCAGCUACACGUUGAGGGUGAUAAGAUUGUCCAAGAUUUUUACUUGGGUAUGUUUGACCCGGAAGCAACUGCUGUUUUUAAUCAAACUGUAUCUGAUGCUUCUACAACUGAUGCAUCACAGAGGUAUUACUCUCAUGUAUACACCAAUGGGACCACUUGUGAUCUUACAGGAAACCCUCGAGAAGUCGAGGUGAGGUUUGUAUGCGCUGAAACCAGGGCGAUGGUCACUUCAAUCACAGAGCUUUCCACUUGCAAGUACGCACUCACUGUUCAGUGCCCCACCUUGUGCAAGCAUCCGCUGUUUCAGCUAGAGAAACCAGUGUCACACACGAUCCACUGCAAUGACGAUGAUAUUCUCUGUAGCCAAAGCAGUAUUUCAUUAGAAGGCAUUGAAAAACUAGUUGUGAAGCAAAGACUGAAAUGCUUCAUUAGCACAAGUAACACUCCUAUGAAUUCUCCACUUCUUACCAAUUUAGAGCAAAGGAUGACAAUUCAUCCGGACGAAAUGAAUCGACAGACCCAUUCAUCCGGAGACGACCACUCGCACACUUACAAUGAUAUCCGGUGGGUGGAGGAAUACGAUCUUUUGACCAUUCAAUUGAUACUUUCUCCUCCUUUAGUUCCAGUCCCACUCCGAGAACCAAUCUUCUCUCCUUUGCCCUCCCAAAAUAACACAUUUUGCUACAUAUCGUGGUGA